CUUUGCCAGUGAUGCGCAAACUGGAUCACGAGACAUGUGCUGUGGCAGACACUCUUGAAGAACUCAAGGAACUCAUGUACAUGAACAAGCAUCAGAUCCAAGAACUCAACUCGCGGCUUCGGUCAAUCGCCAAGACGGUCCAUGAAGUACGAAAGGACAUCCGACGGAUAAACAAGUUCCUAGAAGAAAAGGAUAGUGAUGAGACAGUUGUCUUGGAGAAGGGUGAAGUACAGACACGUGUAGAUGAGAUCCUGUGGGGAUUGGAUGACGUGGAUAGAGACAACACAAAAAAACUGAGGCAGAUGCAGCUGUUCUGGGAGAGUCAAGAAGUAGUCAUUGCAGCCAGUGCUUCUUAAGAUAUAAAAGAAAAAAAAAAGAAAAAACAAGAAACUAAGGAACCUUUAUAUUUAUCUGAUUUUUUUCUUCUUCUUUAUAUUUUUAUACUUCUUCUUCCUUUUACUCCCAACUUCUUCUUCUUCCUUUUUGUCUGUAUCUUUCUUCUUACUCCUCUCUCUCUCUCUCUCUUUCUCUCUUUUUCUUCUCUUUAUUGUAUCUUUUCCUAUUUCUUCUUAUUCCUCUCUCCAAAUCUUUCAAUACCAAAGGAGGUGUGUUCCUGAGCAUAUCACUUCUUUAUAUAUAUCGUCUAUAUAUAUCUAUCUCUAUCUCUCUCUCUAUCUCUUCCUCUUCCAUUACUAUUACUAUUUUCCUAUUUUUUUUUUAGCUGUGUGUAUCUUUUCCUCAUCUUUCUCUCUCUCUUUAUUCUUUAUGUUUUGGUCUUGUCCAAAGCUUGAAAGCCUUUAAAUUUCUUUUACAAUUUCCCUUUCAUUUAUAACCUCUCUGUUUUUUUUUAAAUGUAUGAUUUUUUUUUAUAUAUUUUAUUUCAAUAUUAUUUCUAUUAAAAACAUAUUUUAAUAAUGU